ACAAAUUUGUUGAGUGAGUGAGAGAGAAUAUAUAUAGAGAGAGAAAGUUGGAAUAUUUAUAUAUAUAUAUAUAUAUAUAUAUAAACAUCAGAUCUUUCAUCUUUCUCUUCCUCCUCCACCCCCACCUCCAUUGCGGCUUCACCGAGAAUUUUCUCGAGAAUAACUCGGAAAUUUUCUCGGAAACAACUGAAUCUCGCAAAUACCUGUUUAUAUCCUUACCGUUUCGCCAGCACGCUGUAUCUAGGGAAUAGCUCUGCCAGAUCUCUCGUUAGGGUUUUCGGGAAGAGCAAUAUGGAUUUUGAUAAGUUUGCUGGCAAUAUUGUUUCUUCCUCUGAAGCUUAGGUCCAAGGCCCUUCCUCUUGUGCCUGACUGCAAUGUCAGGCCUAGAAGGAUUGGGAGCUUUUGAUGAAAUUAGAGAAAGGAGAUCAGAUUUUGAGAACUCUGAAGAUGAGAGACGGCGAUCUAAAAUUGGUGCUCUGAAAAAGAAGGCGAUAAAUGCGUCAAAUAAGUUCACUCAUUCUCUCAAGAAAAGGGGGAAAAGGAAAAUUGAUUACAGGGUUCCUUCAGUUUCCAUAGAGGAUGUACGUGAUGCAAAUGAGGAGAGUGCUGUCCAGGAAUUGCGUCAAAAACUCCUUGACAAAGAUCUGCUCCCACCUAGGCAUGAUGAAUAUUACACUUUGUUGAGAUUCUUGAAAGCUAGAGAUUUUAACAUUGAAAAAACAAUUCAGAUGUGGGAAGAAAUGCUUAAUUGGAGGAAAGAGUAUGGAACAGACACCAUACUGGAGGACUUCGAAUAUGAAGAGCUGGAAGAAGUCAUGCAAUAUUACCCUCACGGCUACCAUGGAGUUGAUAGGGAAGGCAGGCCUGUUUAUAUUGAGAGACUUGGGAUAGCUCACCCAAGUAAGCUUAUGCGCAUCACCACAAUUGAUCGCUACUUGAAAUAUCAUGUCCAAGAGUUUGAGAGGGCCCUACAUGAGAAAUUCCCCGCAUGUUCGAUCGCGGCAAAGAGGCAGAUCAGUUCAACAACAACAAUUUUGGACGUGCAAGGCUUGGGAGUUAAAAAUUUCACUAGGACAGCUACAAGUCUCUUGAGCGCCAUGACAAAAAUUGACAACAGUUACUAUCCUGAGACGCUACAUCGAAUGUUCAUUGUUAAUGCCGGUCCUGGCUUCAAGAAGGUGCUUUGGCCUGGUGCACAAAAGUUCCUCGAUGCUAAAACUAUUGCAAAAAUACAGGUGCUGGAACCUAAAUCCUUGUGCAAACUAAUUGAAGCCAUUGACUCAAGUCAAUUGCCUGAUUUCUUGGGUGGCUCAUGCGCAUGCCCUGCUGAGGGAGGGUGCCUUAGGUCUCAUAUGGGUCCAUGGAAUGAUCCUGAAGUUAUGAAGCUUGUACAUAAUGCAGAAGCAACAUUUGUGAGGCAGAUUACCAGAGUAUCUAGUGGCCAACAGAAAAUUGGCUCAUAUAUUCAAAUACGCCCACUGAAGGGGAGAAUUAGUGAUACAUUAACAGCAGAAUCAGGAUCAGAUGUUGAUGAUUGUUGGUCUCCACCUAUACAAAGUAGUUCCAGGUUUCCACGACUAGAACCUGUUGAUGAAGAAGCCAAGACAUCCGAUCCAACUGUCUACUACAGUUGUGAUGAUCAUUUCAAUCAGGUUGAUGGAGCUAUUGACACCGAGCGAGGACUCGGAUGUUCUCAGGACCAAUCACUUGAAAUCCCCGGUAUGCGGGAUUCCAGAGAGGCAAUACCAAAUUCAGAAGACAAUCCAGCGACAAAGAGGAGGUUCCGGUGUAUGGCAAGAACACUGAUAUCUUGCAUGUUCACACUGCUUGCAUUUAUUGUUAGCCUACCUUUUGAAAUUUGGAGGCGGCAGAACAACAUUCAUCCAUCUAAUGUGAUAGAAGACAAACCAGACAGCCCUGCACCUGCUGCUGAAGUUGUCAGCGAAGAUCGUAUCCUUCCAUGCUUACAGCGCGUUCAGAGACUCGAAACGUUAAUGAAAGAACUCGACAAGAAGCCUGCUGAAAUCCCUUUGGAGAAGGAGCAAAUGCUUCUGCAAUCUUUGGAUAGGAUCAAGUCUGUUGAGUAUGAUCUUGAGAAAACCAAAAGUGUGCUACAUGCUACAAUGGUGAAGCAACUUGAGAUUACAGAGUUACUGGAGAAUCUGCAGGAGUCCAAGUUCCGUCAUCGAAGGUUGUUUUGUUGAACUAUUGAAGAUCGAAAACAAGCUACAUGGGUGGACUUGGCAUUACAGGAGGCUGAAGAACAUCAGGGCAGACAAUCUUUUCUUUUUUACCUUUUCAUAGUGAGUACUUGACAUAACCUACAGUUAUAACUCUGGGUUGUUCCCCUAAGAUAUGAGACAUUGUAGAGAAAAAAGAAAAAAGAAAAAGCUUAAUGCAAAGUUUUUUACAGCGCGGCA